AUGCAUGCUGGUUCUGAUGAAACUAUCACCACGAGCCCGCUCGAUGAGCGACAACAUUUGCUUGUCCAACAAGAAGAAAACGCUCAGCGUCAUGUACAAAUGGUUGCAACCCUUGAGCGCCAGCGUGACUAUGUGUUUACUCCACCCAGUGUGGAGGAACGUCUACUUCAAGCGGCCGGCCAAACAUUGGCAACGUGGGUCAUUGGUCAUGAGCCUAAGCCUCCUGAGGAGGUGGUGAUCUGCCAGGCACUUCGUGAGAGGUACCUGGAGCCGCACCUAACGACUCAAAGUCAAUACAAGGCACGCCUUGAUAUGCAAGCACGUGGUGCACCGGUUCCACCAAUCAAGGGUGUGCCCAUUCUCUUGUUCGCAGGCUAA